UCUCGUUAAGUAGCUUUGUGUAGUCUAAGCAUCCAUUACAUAAAUUGUGUUUGUGUGUGUGUGUGUGUGUUCUAACUUCUAACUUCAAAAACCAAGAGUUGUCUAGUUCCAUAGAAAAAAACAAGCAUGGUGGAUGUGUUUACAGAGAAGCAGAUUGCUGAGUUCCAAGAAGCCUUUUGUCUAUCUGACAAGGAUGGAGAUGGGCGCAUUACCUUUGAGGAACUGGCCACUGUAAUCAAAUCUCUUGACCAUGGCGCCACAGAAGAAGAGUUACGUCAUAUGAUCAGAGAGGUUGAUGUCGAUGGUAAUGGAACCAUAGAAUUUGGGGAGUUCUGGAAUCUAAUGGCAAGGAAAAUUAAGGAAAAUGAUGCUGAUGAUGAACUGAAAGAGGCCUUCAAAGUAUUCGACAAGGAUCAAGAUGGUUACAUUUCACCUAAUGAGUUGAGGCAUGUAAUGAUUAAUUUAGGGGAGCAGGUGACAGAUAAAGAGUUAGAGCUGAUGAUUCAAGUAGCUGACUUGGAUGGAGAUGGUCAGGUUAAUUAUGAGGAAUUUAUGAGAAUGAUGCUGGCAAUUUGAACAAACAUUAUCUCCAACCUACAUGUUAUUAGAGUAUUGACAACUACUACCAACAGAUCAGGAGAGAAUAUCUUCACAGUUGCCGCAUGAUCAGGAUUGCCAUCAGAUGAGAAGAGUAUUUCAAAGACUCUGCAGGAUACUAGCUAGCUUGAAAUUCAAAUUUGUAAUCUCUAGUUUAUUCCCCUUCAAAUACUCAAAUAUUUGUUUAGAAUACAAAUAUGUGUAAACCUAUAUAUACACGUGAGAAUAAGAAAGAUGUAAUCAAGAAAAGUGAUUUCACUUUAAAAUA